GAAGAGAGAAGAGAGAGAGAGAGAGAGAGAGAUUAUCAGCGUGUAAUAUUUAUGGCAGAUUAAUAUUUAAACACGGUUGGCUAAACGCCAAACCAAGUAAGGACUUUGAAAAACCGCUUCCGCAGUCGUAACGUUUGACGUCAACGUCAGGGGAGAGAACAACAUCUGAUGAAAGGCUGCCUGCAGCCAGCAGCAGUAAAGUGAACCGAGACACGGACUACUAGCGCCACUGAGAAACACCAUCGACCCGAUACGUCGGUUUCCCCUAGAAGUCCCAGCGGACCCCUAACAGUCUUCGGGAUGACAGGUUCGUGGAGCACCGAAGGGUCAAGCGCAUGAUGACAUCCAUUCCCAACGCGACCAGCCGCCGGGGCUAACAUCCCUUAGCCGCUAACGGUCUCGGCACCGAGCUGCACUGCUAGCUGGUGGCCGUCACUAACCUUGGUAGGCAUCAGAAGAAGACUAUUCAUAGAAACAUGUCCCCGGUCAUUCAAAUACGCGCAUUCGUGUUACCGUCCCAUUGCGUUACUUGACGUGUAGUAGGCCUACAUGGUCAUCAGUCUCUUCUGAAUCGUAGUUUGGGCUCACUCUGCUAGCGGAGGUAACGUUACACCAAGUGGGAACGAGAGCUUGUCACAGCCUUUAAACAACUCGAACCAGAACAAGAAAUGAACAGUGAAUCAGGGACAUCCGUGCCGUGUGAAGCCAAUCCACCUCCCUCCUCCGGUCGCCCACGCCUCAACCACUCCGAGUCGGAACCAGACCUCGGGCCGAACCCCAAGACCUUCACGCGGCUGUGCAGCCGGGACGAGGAGGACCGAGCCGCGGCGCUCGAUGAGCUGACCCAGGCGGUGCUCGCGCGGUUAGGGCUGGACCGGCCCGGUUCCGAGCGCCUGUGCGCGUCGACUCUCCUGCAUCUGCUACGGUUGUCUCGGUCGUGUCCGCUGUCCGAGGUCCGAGAGAGGGCAGCCAAACUGCUUCGCACUGCACAGGAGCGAGGAGUUGAAGUACCACGGGCUCUAACUUCAGGUUCAAGUGCAUUAUCCCAGCUAAAGAGGUUUUUGAAGGAGGGGAUCGAACAGGAUGUGCUGCUCGAAGCCUUCUUCUCGCUGGGACGUCUGGACAACAUCACCAUGGCGAUGGGGCUGCACCCAGCCUACCUCAGCUGCUUCCUGAGGACUCAGCAUGCUCUGCUGGAUCUGGACGGGCCCCUUCCGAGUCUCUGGAGACACUAUAUCGUCAUCAUGGCAGCGGCGAGGCACCAGUGCUCCUACCUGGUCCAGCAGCACAGCGCGGCCUACCUGGAGGCGGGCGGGGACGAGAGCUGGCUGGGCGGCGUGCAGCAGGCCCCCGCCAAGCUGCGCAGCCUGCAGGGCCUCAACAAGCUGCUGGCUCACAGGCCCUGGCUCAUCACACAGCAGCACAUACAGGAGCUGGUGUGUCCGGGGGCGGAGUCUCGCUGGUCAUUGGCUGAACUGAUCCAUGCGGUGAUUCUCAUGGCGCACGCCCAUUCACUGUCCUCCUUCGUGUGGGGCUGCGGGGUGAACCCUGAGCCUGACCACACAGGAGGCCACGCCUUCAGCCCUCCGUCGCCCAAUCACCUGCCCUGCGGCCCCCAUAGCCCCGCCCACGAGGACGGCAGGCAAGAGCUGACGGACGGCGUGAUGGAGGUGGAGGUGCUGAUGAAGAGGAUGGUUGAGCUCCAGGAGCAGGAGGAGGAGUGUACCCAGGAGGAGAUGCUCACACGCUUUGAGCGGGAACGCAGCGAGAGCAUCCCCACCGCGGUGGUGCGGGGAGCCCCUCCGGAGGUGGUGCUCCGCCUGGUGGAGGACCCAGAGUUCAGUUAUGAGGACUUUGCCCCCCGGGGAGAGCAGGCCCCGCCAACCAUGAGGGCACAGGACUACUCCUGGGAGGACCACGGCUACUCCCUGGUGAACCGGCUCCUUCCAGACAUGGGACAGUUGCUGGACGAGAAGUUCCAGGUGGUGAGCAACCUGACCUACCACAGGAUGGCCAUGCAUGAGGGCGUGGACACCUACACCCUGAGGAAAGCCCUGUGGAACUACAUCCACUGCCUCUACGGCAUACGCUACGAUGACUACGACUACGGCGGCGUCAACGUGCUGCUGGAGCGCUCCCUGAAGGUGUUCGUCAAGACGGUGGCCUGUCACCCAGAGCAGACCACCGCGCGCAUCUACCACGCCUUCUGGAGGCACUUCAAGCACUCUGAGAAGGUUCAUGCCAACCUGAUUGUCAUGGAGGCUCGACUUCAGGCUGCGCUUCUCUACACUUUGCGAGCCAUCACACAUUACAUGAGAUGACACAUACACACACACACAAGCAUGCUGAUCCUGAGCCAGUGAGACGAUUUAAGGCUUGUCCCAUCACCACACACACACACACACACACACACACACACACACACACACACACACACACACACACACACACACACACACACACACACACACACACAUACACACAUACAUACAUACAUACAUACAUACAUACAUACAUACAUACAUACACACACUCUCUGCAGUGGUGUGUCUGGUUUUUGAACAUCUUCUUUUGUCCAUGUAUAUCAUGGUUUUGCGUUAUUGCUGCUUUCUACCUGUGAAUCAUUUUUGGAUAUUUAAAGAGAAAAUCUGUCUUGUUAAGCUUGUUUUGCACUGAAAUAAUUAAGGCUAAGUUUCUUGGCGUGAGCCUCAAGUAUUUAGCUGAAUACCCUACCUGCAAUGAACGUACGUGCACAUCUUUUUACACACUGGCACACCCCAGGAAGACUCACUCAGUGACCACUUCGUUAGUAGCCUCGUUUGACUUAAUGUCAACUCUAAUCCUUUUGGCAAUCCUCCAAACACUCAUUCACACAACGUUUCCACCAGAGGUGCAAACGUUUUUUAACACUAUACUCUUCCAACUCAAGAGGUCGAGAACAAGACAUAGCUACUCAAAUCCGCGGACAAAGUACUUUAAAUAAAUGUCACCAUGUUCAGUCUGAAUGUGAAAAGAAACCGAACCAUCCGAUCCAACCAUAUCACGGCAUGCUCUGAUGCUCCUUGCCAUCUGAUUGGCUGAAUGUAUAUUUGCUUUAUUGAACUGUUACCCAACGAAGUGGCCACAGAGUACACACACACACACACACACACACACACACACACACACACACACACACACACACACACACACACACACACACACACACACACACACACACACACACACACACACACACACACUACACACACGUGUGUAUGCAUAUAUACAUACACACAAUCACACAGUGACGUACAAACCUGCACAUGUAUCGAUGCAUAUCUGGGGUGCCUGGGCCCAGCUGCAUGUGGAGGGAGGCCCACCAGACCAUCCAUUUCAAAGUGUUUCUAUCUCGGCACUGUUGUUGUUUGUUGGAGAUAACUGCGGUUUAACUGUUUUGACCGAGGGCCGCUCUCCUCCUGCAGGAGAUAAAUCAGUAGAUGCAUCAUCAUUGACCCCCUCGCUCAGUUGAGAAAGAAAAAAAAAUAACUUGUAUUUUUAUAAACAAUAAAAGCUACUUUGGUAUCAAAAAAAA